AUGCCUUACAACACCACAGCAAUUCCUCCCCGAAAGGAGGUGACAGGCCAAACCCAAUUGCCCCGUAAGGAAUCCUCCCCUGAGAUAAAUGAACACAUUCACACACAUUUACUCUUUCUUCCUCGAAGCGACGAUACCACAAAAUAUCAAGAAAAAAAAUACUCACACACGCUUGAAACACAGUCACAAGAGUCAAAAAAUAUCAUCGCCGUCGACCCGGACAUCACCGUCUGCUCCAACAACGCCGCCUUCGUCAUCACCCUGGCCACGGAAAUGUUCAUCCAGCACCUAGCCUCGGAAGCCCAAAACAUGGCGCGCGCCGAGCGCAAGCCGCGCCGCAACGUGCAAUACAAGGACGUCGCCGCCGCCGUCUCCCACCACGACAACCUCGAGUUCCUCGAGGACGUGGUGCCCAAGACGUCUUCCUACAAGGCCAUCAAAGCGCAAGCAGCCGCGGCUAGGGCCCGCGUCAAGGGCGGGAGCGACAUCGUUGUGCCUCCUGCGGGGACUGCUGCUGCUGUUUCUGGUACUGGUGGUGUUGGCGGUGUACUAGCGGCUCCCGAGGGUAUUACCGGUGGUGUCAUGAUGUCCUUGGAGUCUGGACAGCUGGGUCAGGAUCUGGGGCAGGGUGAUGAGAGGGAUCGGAUGGCCAUGUUGCCGAAUGCCAAGAAGCAGAAGGGGUCUUCGUCUGGCGGCGGGUCUGGCGGGUUGCAGCAGACGUCAAUCUUGAUGGCUAUGAAUGGGGGUCUUGCUACGGGAAGCGGUAGCAAUGGUGGUGGUGGAAGCAUUGGAGGGCUGGCGGCGCCGGUGAAUGGACUUGGUGCUGGCGGCGUCAAUACGGGUAUUACCAAUAUUGGGAGUUACGGCGGGUGUGGGCAUGUCGUCGGCUUCGGGACGACCAUUCAGCUCCACUCCUGGUGUGAUGAGUGGUAUGAAUAG